CUUUCGUUUUCUUCCAAAGAUCCUGUGCUAUAUAGCUCUUGCAUAAUGUCGCGAGCUUCGAAGUUAACCUUUGCCGGAACGAGCUUGGUCACUGCGGGAAUUGUGUGGUUUGUCCACUGGUCGCAAGAACAGGAAAAAGCGUCUAUGCACAAAGGAGUCGAGCGAGACAUGGAAAAACAACGCAUCCAACUGGAGCGAAAGGCGGAGUUCGAGAUGCAGAAAAAGCUGGAGGAGGAAUAUCUGAAGCUGCAGAAAGUCUCUCCGAGUACAGAUGGGCCACUGGGUGAAGGACAGGCAAACCUGAAUCCAGGAUCAUGACAAUUGCCCGUUCACCCGUUCAUCAAGAAGGAUAUCGUGAUAUUCCUGUAAUAUAGACACGACAUGUACAUUAUUUACGACUUAGACUCCAUAUUCCAAUUCAGUACUCUCAAUUUAAGC